CACCAUGCUUUUAGUCAACAUCAAGCAAAAGAAAACGAAAGCUAGAAGUAAAAAAGAACAAGAAAUUGAUCAUUGAAGAAGUUUGAAAAUGCAGGGAGCAAAGAAAGCCGGAGAGACCAUUAAGGAAACAGCUGCCAACAUUGGUGCUUCAGCCAAAUCUGGUAUGGAGAAAACCAAGGCCACCCUUCAAGAAAAGACCGAGAAGAUGAGUGCACGUGAUCCUGUGCAAAAAGAGGCGGCAACCCAAAAGAAAGAGGCAAAGCAGAACCAGGCAGAGCUAGAGAAACAGAUGGCGCGUGAACACAACGCGGCAGUUAAAGAAUCUACCACGGCGGCCCAAAUGGGUCAGGCCCACCACAACGUGGGGACUGGGACCACCACAUACCCUACCUCGGGAACUUAUGGACAGCCCAUGGGGGGCCACCAUAUCACGGGGACUGGAACCGGAACCGGCACCGGCACGUACCAUACGGGGGGCCAUGAUAUGUCAGCCAUGCCUGGACAUCAUACUGACCAUGUGACAGAAGGAGUUGUGGGCACGCACACUAUUGGGACCCAUAGAAGCGCAGAUGGAACUGCUACGGCCCAUAAUACUCGUGUUGGUGGAAACCCGAAUACCACAGGGUAUACCACUGGUGGUAAUUACAAGUAAAGAAGUAUAACGAAUAGGAACAAUUACACACAAUAAAGUUUAGUUUAUGUGGUUAGUGAGUGUGAUUGUUUUCGUAUUCAGUCAUUGUCUUGUAACUUGUUUUGUAUCAUUUCUUUUUCUGGUUUGGUAUAGGCUUGUGGAUGCUCCUAUUAGUACUAUAGUACGUGGAACAUUUUGUACCAUGGAGUUGUAAUUUCAUUUUGUUUAAAUAAAUAUGUUUUGUAAAA